AUGUCUGUCUGUGUGUGGCAUAUCAAAUAUCAAAUAUAUCGAUUGCCCAAUGAAUCCGAAAGAUUUGACGCGGCUACUGUUUUCGACACCACCUUCCUUAAUGGGUGUUCGGCCAGUGAUUCAUCAUCAAAAUAUGGUUCAGAAAUGAAGGGGUGCUGUAGUCAGGAACCAAUACCAGUAAGGAGGGUCCGAAAAUGGGUCCAGCGUGAAGAGAGUCUUUUAAGAAAUCGCAAGUCUUUUGAUAUCAGGAUGAGAGAAGCCAUGAAGUUCAAAAGAUGGCUCAUUGGGAAUUCUAGAAUGUCCCAGGAUAAGAAGAGCUAA